AUGGGAGUGAUAAGUUUAAUAUGUGGAAUUAUUCAUAUCGUUGGUUUUGCUGAUCCCAAUGAGCCUACAAUGCGUGAACCAUUGUUUUUAGUAACCUUCUUUAGCUUUCUUGCUAUCUCCAUUUAUGGAAUUUCAAAAUUGCAACUCCAACGUCUAAAUUUUCAAGCAGAAGUUAUAAUUGCAUCAUUUGGAUUUAUUUUGUUUAUCGUAACUUCAAUUGUAUCAAUGGUGAAUGUAGAGAACGAUCAACACUUGGUGUACAUGUCAGACGAUGCUGAAACUGCUCAUCCUUAUUUCAACAUCAAUUGUUAUCAAAGCAUAGCGUCGCUUAUUAUGAAAUUUCUGAAAACGAUUCGCUAG